GAAGAACCAAUGGCAGGCGUGGGAGAUGACGCCGCGGACAUGGUGGCCGAGACCGGCGGGGUGGGGGACGUGUCGCGCGGCCGGGUGGCCUCGGUCGGUACUCUGGGCGCGGAGCAGCUGCCUUAUUAGUAUUCGUACCCACGAGGCGGCGCAGCGGGCCCUCGGGGAGAGAGAGCGUCGCGGCCAUGGCUUAUCACUCGGGCUACGGAGCCCACGGCUCCAAGCACAGGGCCCGGGCAGCCCCGGAUCCCCCUCCCCUCUUCGAUGACACAAGCGGUGGUUAUUCCAGCCAGCCCGGGGGAUAUCCAGCCCCAGGAGCAGAUGUGGCCUUCAGUGUCAACCACUUGCUUGGGGACCCAGUGGCCAAUGUGGCUAUGGCCUAUGGCAGCUCCAUCGCAUCCCAUGGGAAGGACAUGGUGCACAAGGAGCUGCACCGUUUUGUGUCUGUGAACAAACUCAAGUAUUUUUUUGCUGUGGACACAGCCUACGUGGCCAAGAAACUAGGGCUGCUGGUCUUCCCCUACACACACCAGAACUGGGAAGUGCAGUACAGCCGUGAUGUUCCUCUGCCCCCUCGGCAAGACCUCAACGCCCCUGACCUCUAUAUCCCCACGAUGGCCUUCAUUACUUACGUGCUCCUGGCUGGGAUGGCACUGGGCAUUCAGAAAAGGUUCUCCCCGGAGGUGCUGGGCCUGUGUGCAAGCACGGCGCUGGUGUGGGUGGUGAUGGAGGUGCUAGCCCUGCUCCUGGGCCUCUACCUGGCCACCGUGCGCAGCGACCUGAGCACCUUCCACCUGCUGGCCUACAGUGGCUACAAAUACGUGGGAAUGAUCCUCAGUGUGCUUACGGGGCUGCUGUUCGGCAGCGAUGGCUACUACGUGGCGCUGGCCUGGACCUCAUCGGCGCUCAUGUACUUCCUUGUGCGCUCUUUGCGGACAGCAGCCCUGGGCCCCGACAGCAUGGGGGGCCCUGUCCCCCGGCAGCGUCUCCAGCUCUACCUGACUCUGGGAGCUGCAGCCUUCCAGCCCCUCAUCAUAUACUGGCUGACUUUCCACCUGGUCCGGUGACCCCCUGGCCCCAGAUGGCACUGAGUUUUUCAUUCAUUGAAGAUUUGAUUUCCUUGA